AUGUCAGAAGCCAAUACAGACAAGGUAAAAAUCAAACCAGCAGAAAGUUUUGAACAUGAUAAGCAAAAUAUUUCUUGGCUGAAGAAAGAACUGGACAGCCCCAUCCUACAGCCCCUUGGAGACCCAGACAGCUACACCAGCUCCCUGCCUCUCCCGGUGCUCCCUGGGGUGACGCCAAGCAGUGAGGACCAGCCAGAUAACCAUCUUACAAAUGAAAAACACACAGAUGAAAAGCCUAUGAAAGGCAUGGUUAUGAGCUCUGUCACAGAAUUCAGCAUCACAGACGCCUCAUCAAAGGGGACCAAAAAUGAGAAGAAAUUCUCAGAUGCGAGCACAUCAUCCAUUGCUUCCCUGGAGAAAUGCAGAGAAUUCACUUACAUUGAAGAUGACGCAUCAGUACAUCAGAGAGACAGUGAUGAUGAAUGUGCGACACUUAUCCUGGCCUGCUUGUUCUGCCAGUUUUGGGACUUUCUUAUAAUGCUGCCUGAUACCUGUGAACAUUGGCUGAUAGAUACCUGUUGUCCAUCCAAUAGAUACUACCAGACCUCAGAUGAAGACCACGCCAACAAUGACUGCAACUGUGACUGUGACAUUGAUUGCAGCCUUUUUGAGUCCUGCCAUGAGACUGGUGAAUGCCUGGAACUUGCCAUGGAGAUUUCUGAAGUCUGCUAUCGCUAA